AAAGUCCGGAGGCCUCGAGCUGCAAGGCGCCAUCGGACUCGCCGUCGCCAUCUCGUGUCUGUUUUGUACCACUACUUCAUCAAAAUGUCCCAGACGCGCUACUUCUCCACGCGCGGUGGCAGCGAGACGCUCUCGUUCGACGAGGCGGUCCUCCGCGGCCUCGCCCCCAACGGCGGCCUGUACAUUCCCACCGAGAUCCCCGCCCUCCCGGCCAACUGGGAGAGCGAGUGGGAGGGCCUGACGUUCUCCGAGCUCUCGCACCGCAUUCUGUCCCUCUUCGUGCCCGAGGACUCGAUUCCCUCCGCCGAUCUCAAGGACAUCAUUGACCGCUCGUACGCGACCUUCCGCGUGCCCGAGGUCACGCCGCUCCGCCAGACCGCCGAGGGCGAGUACGUGCUUGAGCUGUGGCAUGGCCCGACGUGGGCGUUCAAGGACGUUGCCCUGCAGUUUGUCGGCAACGUCUUCGCGUACCUCCUCGGCAAGCGGAAUGACGCUGGCGCCAACGAGCAGCUGACCGUGCUCGGCGCCACGUCGGGCGACACGGGCUCGGCCGCCAUCUACGGCCUGCGCUCCAAGCCCGCCAUUACCAUCUUCAUUCUGUACCCCGACGGCCGUAUCUCGCCGAUCCAGCAGGCGCAGAUGGCCACUGUUGAGGACGCCAACGUCUACACUGUCGCAGUGCAGGGCGCCGACUUCGACAAGUGCCAGGCGAUCGUCAAGAGCUGCUUCUCAGACGCGAGCUUCAACGCCUCCCACCGCCUUGGCGCCGUCAACUCGAUCAACUGGGCGCGCAUCCUCGCCCAGAUCGUUUACUACUUCCAGGCCUACUUCCUCUUGCCCAAGGACAAGCGCGACAAGGUACAGUUCGUCGUGCCCACGGGCAACUUCGGCGACAUCCUCGCUGGAUGGUACGCAAAGCGCCUCGGCCUUCCGUGCCGCCAGCUGGUGGUGGCGACGAACGAGAACGACAUUCUCGCUCGCUUCUUCUCCACGGGCCGGUACGAGCGUGAAGACUCAAGCGCCGAGGUCAAGGCGACGUACUCGCCCGCGAUGGACAUUGCGCUCUCGUCCAACUUUGAGCGCUUGCUGUGGUACCUGGCGCACGAGACACAGAGCGCAGAGCAGCAGGCCCAGGGGGCAGAGGAGCGGCGCGCGGCGGCGCAGGCCACGCUGAACGGGUGGAUGGACGAGCUGAAGCGCACGGGCCGCGUCGACAUGGGCGCGGCAGUGAAGGAGGCGGCGGCGCGCGAGUUCUGGGCCGAGCGCGUCUCGGACGAGGACACGCUCGCCGAGAUCCGCAAGUACGCGGGCGCCGGCACGCCGUACGUCGUGGACCCGCACACUGCCGUGGGGCUCGCGACACAGGCGCGCUCCAAGCCCCGCGCGCCUGACAGCACGUGGGUGACGCUUAGUACGGCGCACCCUGCAAAGUUCUCCGAGGCCGUCGACCUCGCGCUCACUCAGGCGUUCCCGGACUUUGACUUCCGCCGCGACGUGCUCCCGCCCGCGCUGGCGGCGCUCGAGCAGCUGCCGCAGCGCGUGUACAAGGUCUCGGGCGAGGACGGGGUGCGCGCCCUCAUCGAGCAGGUGAAGCGCGGCGAGAAGCCCACCCCGGCGUAGUGUUGUAGGUAUGCAUCGUAUAGAGGGA